GCUCUCGGAGACACAGCCACGCGCCGCAGCGCACGGCCGCUCGCUGUCUUCUCCGGAGCUGCUGCCUCUGCCGCCACGCCACCGCAGAGAUGCCCUCCCCUAGCCUGGAGCUGAUGAGCGGCCAGGUGCUCCCGGCCUUCCUGCUCUGUAGCACGCUGCUGGUCAUCAAGAUGUACGUGGUGGCCAUCAUCACGGGCCAAGUGAGGCUUCGGAAGAAGGCUUUUGCCAACCCCGAGGAUGCUCAGAGACACGGAGGCCUCCAGUAUUGCCGGAGCGACCCGGAUGUGGAACGCUGUCUCAGAGCCCACCGGAACGACAUGGAGACCAUCUACCCCUUCCUGUUCCUGGGCUUUGUGUACUGCUUCCUGGGGCCCAGCCCUUUCGUCGCCCGGAUGCACUUCCUGGUCGUGUUCCUGGGCCGCAUGGUGCACACUGUGGCCUACCUGGGGAAGCUGCGGGCACCCACCCGCUCCGUGGCCUACACCCUGGCCCAGCUCCCCUGCGCCUCCAUGGCCGUGCAGAUUGUCUGGGAGGCAGCCCGCCACCUGUGACGAGCCACUGACACCUCCUCGGCCGCCAGACCCCUGGCCAUGAGCCACCGGGGCUGCACCUGGGGGACCGGGUGCCCCUUUGAGAUCGUGAUAGGCCCCACCCCGAGGCCUGGUUUCCUGGCAACCGGCUGGAUUCCUGCGUGAAGUGGCCGAUUGGAACUGUUCACAGACGGGUUGUCCCGAUUGAUAGAAAAUCCUUCCACUGAAAUAACAGAGCACGAAAAACAUCCCUCCCUCUUCCUCCCCAAGGCUGGGAAGGGUGAGCAGAGACUCAGUUCAGGUUUCUGAACCUAAUGACCCUCUGAAUCCAGGGCUGUAAUAAACAAGGACUUCUCACCUCCACCCCCAGAGAUUCUGAUUCAGCUGGUCUAGAGGCGAGCCUGGGCGUCUGCAUUUUUAGAGAGUUCCUUGUGAGUCCCAGCGAUGGCUUGGCCUGGGCGCCACUGCCAGUUCCCUCUACGGGAGGGCCCAGGACGGGCAGGGUGUGAGCUUCUCUUACGGUGGGAGUUGAGGGAGGUGGGGGCGGGGUUGUGUUCCUUCGUGCCCUGUGGACCCUGCCCGGUGCCCCGGCCACAUUCCUCUGCUGGACCCUCCUCUCUUUGGCACAGGUGCAGACGGGAGGGGCCCACCGUAAGGUCGCCUUCUCUUCCCAAGGCUGCCUUUGCCCUGAAGGGCUGUCAUUCAAGGACAAUGGGCUUUGAAGGACCAACGACGAAAAGAAAUUUUCUGGCUUCUUCGGUAUUUGUGAGGCUUGAAAACCACAAAUAUGCGCCCCUUCGGGGACUCAUGUGUCUCUCCUGGACUCCCGCUCUCAGAGUGUGGGGCUUUAGUCA